GGCCGGAGUGCGGGGGGGGCCGGACCCGCAGUGCCUGUGCCGGGCGGUGCCCCCGGAGCUGCGCUGACACCUGGGCGCAGGUGCUGUGUCUGCAGGGCCCCUGCGAGCCAGGGUGCCGGUGCCCCCCGGGGCAGCUGCUGCAGGACGGUCACUGUGUCCCCCUGGGCCGGUGCCGCUGCGGGACCCCCGGAGGGGGCAACGGGAGCAGAGAGGUGCCCCCGGGGGGGGUGACCCAGAUCGGGUGUCACAACUGCACCUGCGGGAACGGGACCUUCACGUGCCCGGCGCUGGCGUGUCCCUCCCCGGGGCCCGCUACCCCCGCCACCCUUUUGUCCCUCGCUGCCCCUUGCCGGGAGGGCCCCGAGGGGGGAUCCCCGUGUGGGGAGACCCCCGGGGAGGAGACGGCGGAGUGCUGCCCCCCGGGCGAGGUCUGGCUGGACCCCGGCCCCGCCUGCGAGCGCAGCUGCCACGACCUGGCGGAGCCCCCCGGGACCUGCGGCGGGACCCCCGGCACUCCCGGAACUCCCGGGAUCCCCGGCACCUCAAGCACCCCCGGGACCCCCGCGACCCCCGGGACUCUCCCGUUCCCCGCCCCGCGCUGCUCCUGCGCCCCCGGGCGGUACCGGAACGGCUCCGGGCAGUGCGUGAGCGCGGGGGGCUGCGGGUGCCGGCACCGCGGGGGGCUGCGAGCGGCCGACAGCGAGUGGCAGGAGGAGUGCGGGACCUGCCGCUGCUCCGAGGGACGUGUCACCUGUGCCACCACCUGCCCUGCGCUCACCUGCCCGGAGGUGGGGGUCCCGGGGGUCGCGGGGGGUCCCCCCGAGCAGGGGCUGAGAGCGGGGUCCCCACAGGGCACGGAGCCGGUGCGGGAGACCGGGAGCUGCUGCCCCGUGUGCCGGGACGAGUGGCCAGAGGAGCCCCCCGGGCCGUGCCGGCUCCUCACGGCCCUCCGGACCAUCGCCAAGGGCGCGUGUGUCCUGCGGGGCGUCCGCGUCACCUACUGCGCGGGGGGGUGCCGGUCCCGCACCGCCGUCAGCGCUCAGGAGCCGUACGUGCGGUCGCUGUGCGAGUGCUGCAGUUACCGCCUGGACCCCGCCCGGCCCGUGCGCCCUCCUCCUGCCCUGCCCCCGCGGCCGCCCCCGGCCCGCGCUGCUGCCCGCAUCGCCCAGUGCCACUGCGAGGCCUGCCGGGGUCCGGGGGCACAGGGGGUCCUGGGGGUCCUGGGGAGGCCCCCGGGAUGUGGCUGUGACCCCCGGUGCCCCCAUGGCCGCACAGCUCGUCCGCCGGUGCUGCCGGCGCCUGCUGCCCCGGGCCCCCCGCGCUCCCCGGCCGCCCCCAGGGCCGCCCCCGCCUCGGGCAGGGCUCCCCGCGGCCGCCCCCGGCCCCUGAGCACCGGCCCCCCGUGCUGGGCCGAGACCCCGCAGGCACAGCCGCAGCCGCGUGAGGAGGGGCCGGAGCAGCAGCUGCGGGAGCUGAUCCGGGGAGCCAGCGACCCCCAGGAGCUGCUGCAGCUGUGCGGGGGGCACGGGCUGAGCAGCAACCUGGCGGGCAUGGCCAUCGCCCGCCUCGCCCGCCUCGCCCACGGCCGCCCCGACACGCCCGCCCUGCGCGGGGACCCCCGGCUGCUGCGGCUGCUCGACACGCUGGACAGCCAGAUCUCGCAGGUGUGGAACGCGACGCUGGUGCAGGUGCUGCGGGCGCUGCCGGUGCUGGGGCUGCCCCGCUCGGGGCGCCAGGUCCGCUCGGUGGAGCAGGAGGUGCUGUGGCGGCUCCGGCGGCUCCCCCUGCGCCAGCUGGUGCAGCUGGCAGAGCACCUGGCGGGGCACAGGGACAGCCCCCUCCUGCCCGAGGUGCUGCGCAAGCUGGAGCUGCGCUGGACGGAGCUGGAGGGCACGCGGACUGUGGUGACGCUCAUGGCCAAGGUGGGACACCUGGCACCCGCCCUCAUGGAGCGCCUGGAGGACAAGGCCCUGGAGCUGGCGGAGCAGCUGGAUGCAGACGAGAUCCGCCGCGUGGCCGUGGCGCUGGCGCUGCAGCAGCGCCGCUGUGUGCCCCUGCUGCGGGCCCUGUCCUACCACCUGCUGCAGAAACCCCCGGAGCUGGGGCUGCCCGUGCUCACAGACCUACUCUUCGCCUACAGUAAGCUGAACUUCCAGCAGCCCCAGGUGCUGCACAGGCUGUCCCUGGAGCUGCAGCCCCACCUGGGGGCUCUGACACCUGCACAGGUGUCGCGCUGUGCCCGCUCCUUCGCUGCCCUGCGCUGGCUCAACCGCCCCCUCGCCGAGGGCAUCGCACAGUAUUCCCUGGAUAACAGCCGGGACAUGUCCGUCGCCCACCUGUGCGGGAUCGUCGUGUCCUUUGCCCGCCUCAACUUCCAGCCCAGCUCCGGCGAGGAAUUCUUCUCCAUGCUCCACGAGCAGCUCCAGGGGCAGGUGCAGCAGCUGGAUCCUCACGUGCUGACGGACGUGGUGUGGUCACUGUGUGUCCUGCAGCAGGCCCAGCCCCCCUACCUGCGCCAGGUGCUCGCACCUGACUUCCACACCCGCCUGCGAGGUGACGCGUCCCCGCGGGCACAGAGCUCGUGGCUGAAGCUCGUGCACAUCAACGCCACGGCCCGGCUGGAGACCCCGGGCUACCGGGGGCCCUUCCUGCCCCCUGAGGCGCUGGGGGGGGACGGGGAUGGGGACAAGGACAAGGACAAGGCCACCCCUCUGCAGCGGGGGCUGCGGGAGGCGCUGCCGGGGGCUCUGGGCGGCAGCGACCUCGGGCGCUACGACGUGCGCACGGUGUUCGGGUGGGACAUCGAUGCCGAGGUGGUGCUGGACAGAGACAACAAACCGCUGCCUGUGGGGGACUUCACUGCCCCCCACCUGUCCCACUCCGAGGGGACAAAACCACUGCCCCCAGGGGCCAAGAGGGUGGCCUUCGUGCGCUGGGAGUUCCCGCAGUUCAGCUCGCGGGGCCGGGAGCUGCUGGGCCGGGGGGCUCUGGCGCGGCGCCACCUGCACAGGGCCGGCUUCCUGCUGGUGGAGGUGCCCCACUACGAGUUCCUGGAGCUGAAGCUGGAGCGGCAGCGCGUGUCCUACCUGAGGGACAAGGUGGCCAAGGCCGUGGCCAGCGACAUGGCCACCGACACGGCCCCCGACACGGCCGCCUAGCCCUGCCCAGGGGCCGCCUCACCCGGCCGGGGGGCCGUGCCACUGUGCCAAGGUGACCGGCUCACCGCGCCGAGGUCACCGGGUCACCGCGCCAAGGUGGCCGAGUCGCCGUGCCCAGCUGGCCGCGUCACCGCACUGAGGUGGCCGCUCACCGGGUCACUGUGCCCAGGUGGGGCCAGGUGGCCACAGCGAGGUCCUCGUGUCCCCAGGUGGCUCCAGCGUUGCUGCUCCGUGUCACAAACGGCUCAAAUAAACCCCGAAUGUACAGGGA